GUGGAUCGCUUCUGUUUACGAGCACACUGCGAAAUGAGGUUCUGGUUGCUUCGACAGGAAAUAACCUUCAUAUUACCCAGCAGUUGUUCUUCGUGUCAGUCAGCUAUGAAGUUGAAGGUGAUGGUGCGUAUUCUACCUUCAUCAAUUGUCUCCCUGCUCCUUCUCGGCUGUCGUCUUACCUGUGCAGACUCCCAAGAUGCUUGUGAAGCUUACGCCCUCAUCGGCGGAAAUUUUAAUGUGCCUCUCUACCACAACCUGCAAAAAUCAGAAAAACUGAGAUGGAUACACAACAAAACCAAAAUCUUUGACCAAAGAAAUGACAAGGUUGUUAUAGGGAAGCCAAACGACAUUUUGCAAAAUGGAUCCCUGAAGCUGACAAACCUGAAGAGAAACAGUGAAGGCACUUACGUCCCCGAGGUUUAUGAUGUGAAAGGCAAACUUCUCACGGAUGCCAAGAAGCUGUAUUUGUGUGUACUGGAUCCUGUCUCAAAGCCUGGAUUGAAAGUGGAAUGUGCCUUGCCUAAUGUGAAAUUCACUUGCACGUCUGAUCAGAUACAGAAAGCCAUUGUCGAGUGGUUUCAGAAUGGCAAGCUUCUGCCCCAGAAAAAUCAGCCGACUGUGCUACAAAUCGUUCAAAAUGUGAAACAUGAUUUGUUCACAUGCAAAGUUUCCAAUCGACUCAGUUCCAUGAGCAGCGAGGCCGUGAAACAAAACUGCACUGACUCAAGCUCCAUUUUCCCCAAAGAAUUAUUUGGCCUAGAUUUUAAGAUCAUGGUGAGCAUCCUGGCUGGCAUUGGAGGUCUUGCUCUGUUGCUCAUCAUCAUCCUGAUUGUUUGCUGCGUCCGAGCCAUUCGAGAAAAACGAAAACGAGCCAAAGGUCAUAAAAACACUGCCUAUCAUUUCAAUUCAAAAAAUAUACAACACAUUCAUUCAAUCAAUUCCAACAGAUGUGGAGGAGCUUCGCUUGGCUUGGUCCAAACCAGAAAGACAGCAACAUCAAUGUCCUCAUCAUUCUCACGGUCAACGCGGCAUGCCGCAACGGUCGAGAAGCCAAGCUCAGGCCAAUGUCAGAAAAGCAAAGCAGGUCGAAGGUCAAACGGGCUCCAGACCUGCAGGUGCAGAUCAGCAGGCUCCUCCUCGUCCUCAGCCGCGGAAGAAGCUUCCGGCACAAAGAAAGUGAGAAUUCAGACGUCAUUAAUAUCAUCAUCGCACACUAUUUAAGUUGACUUAUUAAGUAACACAAAAUGACAAGAAACUUCCAUGAAUGGUGUUUUUUUUUUUUUUUUUUUAAAUGCUAAUGAUUUCAGCAAUACUAAAUAUUGCCUACUUACUUUUCACACAUUUGAAAAUGAGGACUUUAAACGUA